AUGGGCACUGGGGAUGGAGAUCCAGCGAGGCCCUGGGUCUUGGGGUUUGGGGGACUGAUUCCAACGACCUCCCCCUCCAGGAUUUUUGUCAACCGCAGCCUGGCGCUGGGGAAGAUUCGCUGCUUCGGCUUCGACAUGGACUACACUCUGGCAGCCUACAAGUCCCCGGCCUAUGAGAUGCUGGCCUUUGAGUUGCUGCUGGAGCGCCUGGUGAGCAUCGGAUACCCGCACGAGAUCCUACGCUACACCUACGACCCUGCCUUCCCCACCAGGGGGCUGGUGUUUGACUCGCUCUACGGGAACCUGCUGAAGGUGGAUGCCCACGGGAACGUGCUGCUGGGCGCCCACGGCUUCUCCUUCCUCUCGGAGGCGGAGAUGGGGAGCUUCUACCCCAGCAAGUUCAUUCAGAGGGAUGACCUGAAGCGGUUCCAUGUCCUCAACACGCUCUUCAACCUGCCUGAAACCUACCUGUACGCCUGCCUGGUGGACUUCUUCUCUGGCUGCUCCAGAUACACCAACUGUGACACUGGCUAUCAGCAUGGGAACCUUAUGUCCUUUCAAAGCCCCUUCCAGGAUGUGACAGAUGCCAUGGAUAAUGUCCACCACUCGGGCUGUCUCAAGGAGAAGACCUUGGAGGACUUGGAGAAAUACGUGGAGAGGGAUGUGCGAAUCCCUGUCCUGCUGGGCAAGAUGAAGGAGGUUGGAAAGGUGUUCCUGGCCACCAACAGCAGCUACAACUACACAGAUGCCAUCAUGACCUACCUGUUUGGCAUUGGUGAGGCCGAGGCCCCAGCCAGACCCUGGAGGUCCUACUUUGACCUGAUCGUGGUGGACACACAGAAGCCCCGCUUCUUUGCGGAGGGAACAGUGCUGAGACAGGUCAACACGGACUCGGGCAAGCUCCGCGUGGGCACCUACAUGGGGCCCCACCAGCACUGUGCCGUCUACUCGGGAGGCUCUUCGGACAUGGUGUGCGAACUGCUCGGGGUUCGGGGAAAGGAUAUCCUAUAUAUCGGGGACCACAUCUUUGGGGACAUUCUCAAGUCUAAGAAGCGGCAGGGCUGGCGGACUUGCCUGGUGGUUCCUGAGCUGUCCAGGGAGCUGGGCAUCUGGGCUAGAGAGAAAGACCAGAUGGAGGAGUUGAAGAGACUGGACAUUCACCUGGCAGACCUGUACCAGCACACAGAUGGGAGCAGUUAUGGACUGCAACUCAUCAACUCCACCAAGAGGGAGAUUCAGCGAGUCACCCGGGCGCUGGACCUGUGCUACAGCGCGAUGGGCAGCCUGUUCCGCUGCGGCUUCCGCCAGACGCUCUUCUCCAGCCAGCUGAUGCGCUACGCCGACCUCUACAUGGCCAUCUGCCUCAACUUCCCGCGCCACCCGCUCAGCUCGCUGUACCGCGCGGCCCCGGAGCUGAUGCCCCAUGAAUCAGCUGUGGUGCAAGAAAGGACCGGUCUGGAUCCUGCCUCCUGCCUUCUUUUCUGCAGCCAGAGGGCUGACGGGAAGGAGACAGAGGAGGACCAGGAGGGCUGCAUGGAGGCUGACUGAAUCCUGCACUGGGGCUGGCAUCACAGAUCAUCUUCUAUCUGAGACAUUUUUCAGAUAACAAGGAAAAUAUGGGAGAGAGAAAAAGCAACCUUAUUGAAAUCUCCUAAAUGUAACAGAUUUUAGAGCCCAAGAACCUCUCUUUUAGGGAGGAGGAAGGAGUAUUUAUUGCUCUGAUGCCAGAAGGCACCACCCCCCAUGGCUGCUGGGCCAUUUGGAAAUGGGUGUAACAAGUGGAAUUGUUUUACCCAGGUCCCUGGAGAGCAUCAUUUCAUAUCCAAUUUUAUUUCUAUCCAUUUCUUUUGGAAAGUAGUAUUUCUGUGCACUUUGGAUUCUGUUACUAAAACAAUACCUGAAUGGCUAUAGACGACCUCCUUAACUAACUGUUCUUUCUAGGUCACUGUGAAGGACAGUCAAGGAGAUAGCCCAGAUGUCUUUGAACUUGAUGUACACAUGAAAUAAAAACUGUGAAAAAUCA